GGUGGCGGGGCCAGCGGAGAAGGAUGCGUUUCUUCCCGUGGGGAUUUUGGCUGCUGUGUGUCGCCUCCGCCCCGGCUCGCGGUGACAGCGGCAGCAAGGCGAGGAGCUGCGCCGAGGUCCGGCAGCUGUAUGGGGCCAAGGGCUUCAGCCUCAGUGGCGUGCCCCAGGCCGAGAUCUCCGGGGAGCACCUGCGAAUCUGCCCACAAGGCUAUACCUGCUGCACCAGCGAGAUGGAGGAGAACUUUGCAAACAAAAGCCGAAGUGAAUUUGAAGCCAUGAUGAAAGAGGCUGGUCGCUCUGUGCAGACGACCCUAACAGCGCAGCACAGAAGCUUUGACAGUUAUUUCCAGGAUUUGUUGAACAAGUCAGAAAAGGCCCUUUAUGAUGCUUUUCCAAGCAUGUAUGGAGAAUUGUAUACUCAAAACAUGAAGAUCUUCAAGGACUUGUACAGCGAGCUACGCCGCUAUUACCGGGGCUCCAACAUCAACUUGGAAGAGGCCCUCAAUGAGUUCUGGACACGCUUGCUGGAGCGGCUCUUCAAGCUGAUGAAUCCCCAGUACCAUAUCACAGAUGAGUACCUGGACUGCAUGGUGAAACAUGCGGAGCAGCACAAACCCUUCGGGGAAGUUCCCAGGGACCUGAAGGUGAAGGCAACCCGAGCCUUCAUUGCAGCGCGCUCCUAUGCACAGGGCUUUCUUGUGGGCAGCGAUGUGGUCAAAAAGGUGUCUCAGGUAUCUCUCAGCCAUGAGUGCACUCGCGCCAUCAUGAAGCUGAUGUACUGCCCGCACUGCCGAGGCAUGUCCAGUGUGAAGCCGUGCAACAACUACUGCCUGAACGUUGUGAAGGGCUGCCUGGCCAACCAAGCAGACCUGAACACCGAGUGGAAGUACCUGAUGGAUUCCCUGGUUGUAGUGGCUGAUCGGAUUGAUGGACCUUACAACGUAGACACCGUAAUAGGGACCAUUCACAUGAGGAUCGCUGAAGCAAUUUCUAACUUGCAAGAAAACAAAGAUUCGAUCACAGCCAAGGUUUUCCAAGGCUGUGGAAAUCCCAAAAUCAGCACAAAAGGCUCCAGCAGUGAUGACAAGAAAAGGAGGGGGAAGGUUGCAUUGGAAGCAAAAUCUUCUGCGCAAGCACUGGAGAUGCUGGUUUUAGAUGCCAAAGGGAACCUGACAACUCUCAAGACUUACUGGAUCACCCUGCCCAGCAGCCUAUGCAGCAAAAAAGUAAUGGCCAGCUCAGCAGCAGACGACAAGUGUUGGAACGGGAUGACCAAGGGCAGUUACCUGCCUGAAGUGAUGGGGGACGGCUUAGCUAAUCAGAUUAACAACCCGGAGGUAGAGGUGGACAUCACCAAGCCAGAUAUGACCAUUCGCCAGCAAAUCAUGCAGCUAAAGAUCAUGACAAACCGGCUGGGCAACGCUAACAUUGGGAAUGAUGUGGAUUUCCAAGACGCAAGUGAUGACAUGAGCGGCUCUGGAAGUGGUGACAGUUGUCCUGACGACGUCUGUGGCAAAAGACUUUCUAAGAGCCCCAGCACCAGGCAGCCAGAAACGCAUGCUAUUCCUAAGCAGUCUGGACAUGGCAUCAAUGGGGCCAGCAGCAGAUCUUUGCCUUCUGCCUUCCUCCUCCUCCUUUCGGUGGCUUUCAUUGCCACGCAGCACUUGUGGCGGUAACUCACUAGCACAGCCAGGAAAGAGACUGCAGCCGAGGGCUUCACUUUGCCAAAAUCAACCAACCAACCAACCAAAGGACAUAUUUAAUUCACCUUGGCAA